AUGCCCAAGAUGACACCAGACUACGAAGUAAGACUGCAGCUCGACCCUGCAAGAGUACUCAACUCCGAGCACGAGCUGGAGUCGGACAUCCUAGAGUUCUUCAAAGUAUCCGAGAAAGCUCUACAAAUGAAUGUGCAGUUUCUCGACAAAUGCUCCAAGGACAUAUACAACGCCGGCUGGUGUGUACGAAUCCGCAAAGUAGAAGAGAAAUCUCACCUCGAGCUGACGUACAAAAAACGGUACGACAUUGACAACGGCAACAUUGAUGAGGUACUCGCUCGAGCCAAGAAGGAUGGAUUUCAUGGCGGGGACACCAAAUAUGAAGCGCAAGUCGAAUGGGGCUAUACGAAACAGACGCUUUCCAUCAGCAGGGAGAAGCAGGUUUCGCAUUCUGGAAAGACAGAGCUGGAGCUCCCGGGGCCGAGCGACUCGCGCAAAAUGGCAAUCAAGGAAGAACCAGACAAGUUUGACGAUUGGGGACCUGGCGAAGAUUGGGGGACCAAGACACUGGCGAAAGCAAGAGUGUUUGGCCCAGUUCUCGCCAAACGCUGGAUCGGCGAGUGGAACGACAUUGAAGUGUAUAUCGAAGUCUGGCCAAUCCCCGAUGCUGAAGGGACGGGCACCGAGUACAUUGUCGAAGCGUCGUUCAAGACGGACAGCUAUAAGACGGCCUCCGCUGGGCGCAUCAAUCUCACCAGCCAAUUGCAGGCGCAUGACUGGGUUCUUGCUGAAGACUCCCUAAAGACAAAGCUUAUUCUGGAGCGCUACUCGUGCUCUAAUAUGACAGCUGAAAAUGGGGACUAG